AGCUGGGAGAGGCCCCAGUGAGGCUAAGCUUGGCCACGGAGCUGCCAGUCUUGCUGAAAAGCUCAAAAUGAGUCCUGCUUGGCUCUCCCUCCACCGGGUGUGAGGCCCCCUCAAGGAGACCGCGGGGCAAAUGGCCCCAUAGUGGAAACUGGGAAGCUUUCUGGAGUGUGAUCAGAGCAGGAGCCAGCCUGGGGACAACGGUGCUGGACAGGCAAAGCAACUCAAACUUGAAGAAAUGACAUUCCCAAGGAGAACCACUUUGUGCUUUGUGUUUAUCGUGAUUUAUUCUUCCAAAGCUACACUGAACUUGAAUUUAGAGUCUCUUGAUCAUCCUUUGAUUCUCCAUGAAAAUGAACUUGCUGAUAAAGAGCUACUAAGGCAAAAACGAGCAGUUGCCACAAGGAGCCCUGCAGCUGAAGAGUACACUGUUGAUAUUGAGAUCAGUUUUGAAAAUGCAUCCUUUCUGGAGCCUGUCAGAGCUUACUUGAGCAGCCUCACCUUUCCAAUUCAAGGGAACAACACUGACCAAGUUAGCAACAUUUUGAGCAUGGAGGUAACAACAGUCUGCAGACCUGCUGGAAAUGAAAUCUGGUGCUCCUGCGAGACAGGCUAUGGGUGGCCUCGGGAAAAGUGCCUCCGCAACCUCACUUGUCAGGAGAAUGGCAGCUCCAUUUCAGGGCACCACUGCAGUUGCAUUAAAGGACUGCCUUCCAAGGGGCCUUUUUGCCAGCUCCAGGGAGAUCUUCUCCUGAGAAUGUCGGUCAGACUAAAUGUGGGCUUUCAAGAAGACCUCAGGAAUACUUCCUCUGCCCUCUAUAGGUCCUACAAGACUGACCUGGAAACAGCGUUCCGGAAGGGUUACGGAAUUUUACCAGGCUUCAAACAGGUGACUGUGACAGGGUUCAGGCCCGGAAGCGUGAUUGUGACAUAUGCAGUCAGGACUACAACAGCAUCUCCUGCAUUAAUGCAGAAAGCUAAUGAGCAAGUCGGACAGAACCUCAAUCAGACCUACAAAAUUGACAACAACUCCUUUCAAGCAGUUACUAGCAAUGAAACUAAGUUCUCUGUCAUACCGGAAAUCAUCUUCGAAGGGGAUACAGUAAGUCUGGUGUGUGAAAAUGAAGUUUUGUCCUCCAACGUGUCUUGGCACUAUGGAGAAGGAUGCAUCGACAUCCAGAACAGCAGCAGAUUCUCAAUUUACACCACCGUGCUCGACAACAUGACUUCAGUGUCGAACCUCACCAUUUACAACAUCACUCAGAGUGAUGCGGGUGAAUAUGUUUGCAAACUGAUAGUAGAUAUUUUUGAAUAUGAGGCCAAGAAAAAAAUAAAUGUUACACCCAUCCGAAUUUUGGCGAAUGAAGAGAUGAAGGUGAUUUGUGACAACAAUCCUGUAUCUCUGAACUGCUGCUAUGAGAAUAAUGUCAACUGGAGCAAAGUAGAAUGGAGGCAGGAAGGGAAAAUAAGCAUUCCAGGAAACGCUGAAACAGACAUAGAUUCUAGCUGCAGCAAUUACACCCUCAAGGCUGAUGGAACCCAAUGCCCGAGUGGGUCAUCUGGAACAAAAGUAGUCUACACUUGUGAGUUCAUCAGCAUCCGUGGAGCCAGAGGCAGGAAGAACAUAGAAGUGACAUUUAUCUCUGUGGCCAAUAUAACAAUAACCCCGGACCCAAUUUCUGUUUCUGAGGGACAAAACUUUUCUAUAAAAUGCAUCAGUGAUGUGAGUAACUAUGAUGAGAUGUACUGGAACACUUCUGCUGGAAUUAAAAUAUAUCAAAGGUUUUAUACCACAAGGAGGUAUGCUGAUGGAGCAGAGUCAGUACUGGCGGUCAAUACCUCGACCAGGGAGUGGAAUGGAACCUAUCACUGCAUAUUUAGAUAUAAGAAUUCAUACAGUGUAGCCACCAAACAUGUCACUGUUCACCCGCUGCCUCUAAUGCCAAACAUCAUGGUCGAUCCUUUGGAAACUAGUGUUUGGUGUGGUGGUUCCCAUGGCUUGAGGUGCUGCAUACAGGAGGAUGAAGACUACAAAGUAAUUUUCCAAAUGGAGUCCUUGUCUUUUCCUGCCGCCAAAGAAGUUAAUGGGAAGCAGGUGUGCUACAAGUACAAUUUCAUGGCCAACUCGGUUUCUUGGUGUCCAAAAACUGUGGCUGUGUUUUGUCGCUUUACCAAUGCCGCUAAUGGUUCAGUCCAGAGCCCGUCUAUGAAGCUUAAUCUGGUUUCUGGGGAGAACAUCACAUGCCACGAUCCUGUAAUAGGUAUCGGGGAGCCUGGGAAAGUCAUCAAGAAGCUAUGUCAGUUCUCAAGAGUUUCCAGAAGCCCUGGCAGUCCUGUUGGUGGAAUCAUCACUUACAAAUGUGUAGGCUCCCAGUGGAAGGUGGUGAAAAAUGACUGCAUCUCUGCCCCGAUAAAUAGUCUGCUCUGGCUGGCCAAGAAUUUGGUCAAGAGCCCCUCUCAAGAUGCAAAGCUUCCUACCUACCUGAAGACUCUGUCUACUAGCGUGGGCAAGGUGGAACACGGCAUCGGCUCAUCUCCUGGGAACCUGCAAGCCGUGAUUAACAUCCUUGAUUUGCUCUCGACAGUUCCAACCCAAGUGAAUUCAGAGAUGAUGAUGCAUGUGCUCUCUACCAUUAACAUCAUCCUUGACAAGCCCAUCCUGAAAAUCUGGAAGGUUUUACAACAGCAGUGGACCAACCAGAGUUCACAGCUACUGCAUUCAGUGGAAAGAUUUUCCCGAGCAUUACGGACAGAAGAUAGCACCAACUUGUUCAUCUCUCAAACUAAUGUGCAAAUGAGGAGCAUGGCAAUAAAACCCAGCCACCCAAAAACCUACCAGCAGAGAUUUGUCUUCUUAGAUUCUGACCUGUGGGGCAAUGUUGUCAUUGACGAGUGCCAGGUGGAAAACUUGCAGCCAGGUUCAUCUAUUGUCACUGUGGCUUUCCCAACCCUCCAAACUAUUCUUGCUCAGGAUAUUCAGCAAAAGGAUUUUGCAAACAGCUUAGUGAUGACAACCACUGUCAGCCACAAUAUAGCCAUGCCAUUCAGGAUUUCAAUGACUUUUAAGAACAACAACCCUUCGGGUGGGAAACUACAAUGUGUCUUCUGGAACUUCAGCCUCACCAACCACACAAGUGGGUGGGACAGCAGUGGGUGCCAUGUUAAAGAAGUUAAUGGGGACAGCGUCUCCUGCACCUGUGACCACCUAACAUCAUUCUCCAUCCUCAUGUCCCCUGAUUCUCCAGACCCUGGUUCUCUCCUGGAAAUACUCCUGGAUAUUAUUUCUUACAUUGGAUUGGGCUUUUCCAUCUUGAGCUUGGCAGCCACUCUGGUUGUAGAGGCUGUGGUGUGGAAAUCAGUGACUAAGAACCGGACUUCCUAUAUGCGCCACACCUGCAUAGUGAACAUAGCCACCUCCCUUCUGGUUGCUGACACCUGGUUCAUCGUGGUUGCCGCCAUCCAGGACCAUCAUUAUCCACUCAACAAGACAGCCUGUGUGGCUGCCACCUUCUUCAUCCACUUCUUCUAUCUCAGUGUCUUCUUCUGGAUGCUGACGCUGGGCCUCAUGCUGUUCUAUCGCCUGGUUUUCAUUCUACAUGACACAAGCAAAUCCAUUCAGAAGGCCAUUGCCUUUUCUCUUGGCUAUGGCUGCCCUCUUGUCAUCUCGGUUAUCACGGUGGGGGCCACCCAGCCACAGGAGGUCUACACAAGGAAGGAUGCCUGUUGGCUCAACUGGGAGGACACAAAGGCCUUGCUGGCCUUUGUCAUCCCAGCACUGAUGAUUGUGGCAGUAAAUGUGACUAUCACAGUUGUGGUCGUCACCAAGAUCUUGAGGCCUUCCAUUGGAGACAAGCCAAGUAAGCAUGAGAAAAGCAGCCUGUUCCAGAUCAGCAAGAGCAUUGGGGUCCUCACACCACUUUUGGGGCUCACGUGGGGUUUUGGUUUUGCCACUGUGUUCCAGAAGACCAACAUCAUGUUCCAUAUCAUAUUUACCCUCCUCAAUGCCUUCCAGGGAUUGUUCAUUUUACUCUUUGGAUGCCUCUGGGAUCGAAAGGUACAGGAAGCUUUGCUGAAUAAAUUUUCAUUGUCAAGAUGGUCUUCACAGCACUCAAAGUCAACAUCCCUAGGGUCAACCACGCCAGUGUUUUCUAUGAGUUCUCCAAUAUCAAGAAGAUUUAACAAUCUGUUUGGUAAAACAGGAACAUAUAAUGUUUCCACCCCAGAAACAACCAGCUCAUCCGUGGAAAACUCAUCCAGUGCUUAUUCAUUGCUCAACUAAGACCAGGAAAACCCAACGCAUGUGACCUCUUGGGAACAGUAGACGUGCUCUGAAAAAGAGAUCCUUUCAAAGCCAUGGGUAAAAUGUUCACUCGGCAGACUUCUGGGAGCAGAUGCUGAAAAGGCUUUUGUUUAGAGAAGAGGCUUCGUUUUGUAAAAACAGACUACAAGUAAUUGUUCCUUUUAGUCCCCCACCCGCGCCCCUUGUGUGAUACCAAAUGUGUAUAGUAUUUAAGAGAAACUCAAUCCCCCAAGGCCCGAUUUCUCUGCCUAUAUGUAAUAUGGAAUUUUAAGGAGACGUUUUCACUUCUCACAUGUUGGGCACGAAGAUAAGCUUUGGUUAAAAUAAUAACUGAAAGGCUAAGUACCUAGGAAAUAUGUUAGUGACCUCCAGGAAUGAAGGAAGGAACACGGGAAAGAAGGAAGGAAGGAAGGAAGGGAAGAGGAAGAAAAAGAGAAAAGAAGAAAAAAGAAAAAAAUAAGGAAAACAACUUAUCCAAGACCACAUGUUAAGAUUUCCAUGUUAAUGAUCUAAUAUAAUCACUCAGAUACUGCAACGUUGAGAAUAAAAAAAUGGCUCAAAAGUGGAAACUGAAAGUAAGCCGUGGGGAGCAAGUUCAGUAUCUUAUAUUUCCUUAGCUAAAAGGAAGAAGAAAAAGUGGAAAAAAUGGGGAGAAAAUGACAUCAUCAAGAUGCUUUCUAGUGGAUAAUAUUUACAAGAAAUGCAUGGAAGGAGACAUGAUUUUCCUGAUGCUAAACACAUGCAUAUAUGGCUUUGUCUGUUAAGGUUUGAGUUAAGUGGGAUGAAUACUUAGAAGACGCGUGAUUACAAUACUUUAUCUGACUGCUGAUUUAAUUUUUUUAUAGUUUAUCAGAAAAGCCUUAUAUUUUAGUUUGUUCCAUAUUUUGAAAGCAAAAAAAUAUAUAUUUUUAUACCCUUUAAUUGCCAAAUUUGACAUAUUGCACUGAAAACAGAUGCCACCUGUCAUAUAUUUAACAGCUUUAACCAGGUACUUCUCUGUGCAUUAUAGAGUAGAUUUUAAUGAUCUUAUAGCAUUGUAUAUUAUUGUUGUUGUUGUUGCUGUUAUUGUUACUGUGGAUUUAAUGGCCCUUGGUGUGUUGUAUAGCUUGCUAUGCAUAAUCUCUCUUGGUCUUUAAGUUCCCAAAUGAAUAUACAUUAAGAGUUUUGCACGGUCUAAUUUCUGCUUGGAAAACUUCUGGAAAGAAACUUUACAGCUGCCUCUUCUGUGCACCUAAAGAUACUUUACCUUGAUAAACAAAUGGCAGUGCUUUUCCAAAGGAUACAUUUGUGAAUUAUGUGUGUGUAUAUGUUUUGUUUGUGUGUGUGUUUUAUAAAAAAUACAAAUACUUUUUAAA